CUUAACCUCACCGCCUGCUCCUCAGGUCCCCCCAAGCGCUUCCCGGUGGCCGCGGUGGAUGAUAUCCUGAAGGACGUGCUGGGGAGCUACCUGAGGGAGCAGCCCUACGAGCCGGCCCGGUGCAGGGACAUGGCGAAGGACAUCGCUGAGGUUAUUAAAGCUCGGGUAAAAGACCUUAUGAUACCGAGGUACAAGAUUGUUGUGGUGACACAUAUUGGGCAGCUGAAUGAGCAGAGCAUGCAAAUUGGAAGCAGGUGCCUGUGGGAUCCUGCAAGUGAUACAUUUUCGUCAUAUGUGUUCAAGAACACUUCACUGUUUGCUCUUGCAAAUGUCUAUGCUGUCUAUUUUGAAUAA